AUGGUUGUCAUCGAAGGCGUCGACCUCGACGCUUUGCCGUAUGUACAGCUGUACCCAUAUAAUGGCACGGGAGCUAGCGGCGGGGAUUCCGUCACGACGAACUUGAACAUUUGGUAUGAGAGUGGUGAUAUCGCGUGGAUGAUCACAUCAACAGCCCUCGUGCUGCUUAUGAUUCCCGGUGUUGGCUUCUUCUACUCCGGACUCGCUCGAAGAAAAUCGGCUUUAUCACUCAUUUGGCUCUCCGUCAUGGCCACGGCCGUGACCACCUUUCAAUGGUUCUUUUGGGGUUAUUCUUUAACCUUUUCGCACACCGCCGGCCCCUUCAUUGGUGACCUGGCCAACUUCGGCUUCAAGGGUGUUCUCGCCCAGCCCUCCGUGGGUUCAUCCCGACUUCCCGAUCUGCUAUUUGCCGUCUACCAAGGCAUGUUCUCGGCUAUCACGGUGGCCCUGGCAACCGGUGCCGUUGCCGAGCGUGGUCGGAUGCUCCCCUGUGUCAUCUUCAUGUUCGUCUGGGCCACGGUUAUUUACGAUCCCAUUGCAUGCUGGACAUGGAACCCGAGCGGGUGGUCCAACAGGAUGGGAGGCCUCGAUUUCGCUGGAGGUACUCCCGUGCACAUUUCGUCUGGCACCGCGGCACUGGCGUACUCGAUGAUGCUGGGAAAGAGACGUGGUCACGGAACUCACGAGCUGAACUACCGACCCCACAAUGUCACGCAUAUUGUUAUCGGUACCGUGUUCCUCUGGGUCGGCUGGUUCGGUUUCAACGCCGGUUCUGCGCUCUCGGCCAACAUGCGUGCUGUCAUUGCGGCGACUGUGACCAACCUGGCGGCUUGCGUUGGUGGCAUCACCUGGUGUAUCCUUGACUACAGAUUGGAGCGCAAGUGGUCGACGGUCGGUUUCUGCUCUGGUGUCGUGGCUGGUCUGGUUGCCAUCACACCCGGUUCAGGUUACGUACCUGUUUGGGCUGCCGUCCCCUAUGGGAUUUUAGGAGCAGCCUUCUCCAAUUAUGCGACGAAGCUCAAGUUCCUUGUGCGCAUUGAUGAUGCCCUAGAUAUUUUUGCCGUCCACGGAAUGGGCGGACUCGUGGGAAACAUCUGCACCGCUUUCUUCGCCCGGGCCGACAUUGCCCACUUGGACAACAUCCAAGUCAUUAACGGAGGCUGGCUGAACCAGAACUGGAUCCAGCUGGGUUACCAAUUGGCCGACUCUUUCGCCGGGGGCUCUUACUCCUUCGUCGGUACUUGCUUCAUUCUCUUCAUCAUGAACAUGAUUCCUGGCCUUCAAAUACGUGCGACCGAGGACGCCGAAAUUCUCGGUAUCGACGACGCCGAGAUUGGCGAGUUCGCAUACGACUACGUCGAGUUGACCCGAGAAGUGCUCAAUGACAUGGAUGGCGACGGACAAAGCCGUUACUCGGGUGACGCGAACCCCUUCGAUCCGAGGGAAAAGAAUAGCAUCCCUCUGAUGGAUACGAGGAUCUACGCUGGGCCGUCGCAAUUACAUGCGCAGUAG